AUGGCCCAAAGAGAUCCUCGGUUCAACCAGCAUGUCCUCGUGGACACCACCCCCAUGCCGGACCACAUCCCCAAGGUGGAGGAGAUUGGUGCCACCUCUGCGCCCAUGAUGAGCGCGGCCUACUUCAUCGGAGCCCGGUGCAAGGCCUUUAACGAUGACUUCAUGCAGUGCAAGAACGAGGCGAACGGACGUGGUGAAAUCGAGUGCUUGAAGGAGGGCCGGAAGGUGACGCGCUGCGCUGCUAGCGUUAUCAAAGAUAUCAACACCCACUGCCUAAGCCAGUUCCAGGCUCACUAUAACUGUCUCGAGAACAACAACCACUAUCUUUUCGAGUGCCGCAGAGCUGAGCAGGCUCUCAACAAAUGCGUUUUUGACAACUUGAGCCUGCAGAAGGUUAUCCCCGGUGCGCCCGAGAACCAGGUUCCCGUGCACCUGCGUCCCAAACAGAAGUACGCCCAAUUCCCCGGUGCGCAGUUCUAA